AUGUCUUUUACCCGGGCGUUGGCUCCUGCGCGCAUUCGACUGGCUAGUGCUACGAUUGCCACACCUCGUAUUCUCUCAUCCUCAUCUCGACUGUACUCCAGCUCUAGGAGCUCAUUCAAUCCACAUGACAUUCACAAUGUCUACCAUAGCCCGGAGCACAUACAGACAAAGCUGCCAGAGACAAAGCUAUUGAAGAACCACCACCGAUUCAGCGAGUUUGAUCUCGAGGGCCGGGUGUAUGCCAUCACCGGCGGUGGCGGAGGAUUGGGGCUAUCGAUGGCGGAAGCGCUGAUUGAGGCUGGGGCAAAAGUAUAUUGUUUGGACCGCCUCGAAACUCCACACCCAGACUUCAUGGUUGCCAAGGAGAAAGCGGAGAAAGAAUAUGGCGGAAGCCUGGAAUACAUCCGCAUCGAUGUACGAAACGUCACAGACGUCAACAACGUCUUUUCAGCGAUUGCAGAACAGCAUGAGCGACUGGACGGCCUGAUCGCCGCGGCUGGGAUCAACCACCUUCAGAGUGCCCUGGAGCACACCCAGCAAGCAUUGGAUGAUGUGAUGACUAUCAAUUUCAACGGUGUAUUCAAUGCAGCAACUGCCGCCGCCCGCCAAAUGUUCAACUAUCAGCAGAAGGGCUCGAUCCUACUGGUGGCUAGUAUGAGCGGUCUCAUUGCCAACAAAGGAAUGACCUCACCGGUUUACAAUUCAUCAAAGGCCGCUGUCAUUCAGCUUGCUCGCUCACUUGCGAUGGAAUGGGGUCGUCAUGGCAUCCGUGUCAACAGCUUGUGCCCGGGCCAUAUCAUUACUCCCAUGGUCGACAAGGUGUUCCAGCAGAACCCCGCUGCUCGAGCCACUUGGGAGGCAGAGAAUAUGCUUGGUCGCUUGGCUUUGCCUGAGGAGUUCCGUGGCACCGCGCUGUUCUGUCUCUCUGACGCUAGCAGCUUCAUGACUGGAAGCACAUUGCUCAUAGAUGGUGGUCACACCGCAUGGUAA